AUGUCGGAAUUCAUUCUCAACGAGGUGUACACAGAGUAUUUGGAGGACGCGCAGCAGUUGGUGUCACGUGCCAACUCGCCCUCGGACUUCAACUACGCUGUCAACGAGCUCAUUGAAGAUGUCGCGGUCAACUCUUCUCAGAUCUUUCACAACAACAAUCUGACCACCACUUUCCAGAUUCUGCUCAAUAUCAGCGAACUGACUUCGCGGUCGCUCGGAAAACUCGCUGAUUUGCUGCAAACGUGUUUUCGGGGAGCCUGCGAGUCUGCUUUGGAGGCUCUGGAGAGAUCAGACUCGGACAUCUACUCACAGGUGCGCACCGAGGUGGAAGUAUACGGAUUCCUGGUGCAGUGGCUCAUCAGUGCAUUGGCACACAAGGUGAGCACAGACGACAACUCUGGCGGCAAGGGACGGAGCAAGAAGGACGUGGAGGUGGAGAAUCUCAAACGGUACAUUGUGGGUCUGAUGGAGGCUUCAGCUAACAUUAUGGAUAUUCAGCAGCUGAGAGCCAUUUUUGGCACAUCUCAGGACCACGACACGUUCGCUGCCAUGAUUUGCAGAGCUGCUUACAGAGCUAUUGAGACAGAGGCACUGGGUAAAGAUGCCAAUGUUCGAGACGCCACUUUUGACGUGAUCAUCGCCGGCAUAAAGUUCCAAAACCAGUCCAAUAUGGCCCAUUCCAUGCUACUACAGCAUCUCAACUAUUAUGAGCACCUGUCUGAGCCUGUGGCCGAACUACUGGCUCUCUUGUACAACCGAGAGAAUGAAAGUGCAGUUUCCGAAACCAUCAUUCUCGAGGUGUCUCAGAUGCAUUUCUCAAACACAGACUCCAAAGCGCCCAAGGCAAUUGCCAUGUUUCUCGUCAAGCUAUCUCAACUGGCUCCCAAAUUGGUACUCAAGCAAAUGGCUGUGUUGCGACGCCUUCUUGAAUCUGAUUCAUAUGCGAUUCGAAACGGAAUUGUUGACUCCUGCAGUCAGAUUGUGGUCAGCAUUUCUACAACAGGUGACGACGGAGAGCACUAUCGGUCGCAAAUUGAGGGUGUCCUUGAACUGGUUGAAGAGCGUAUCCUCGAUGUGAGUCCGUACGUUCGAUCCCGAGUAUUACAACUGUUCUCCAACGUCUGUGACCUCGAAGUGCGGUUCAACGCUCAUUUCCAACAAACUGCAAACAUGGCAGUGGAGUGUUUGAACGAUAAGUCUGGUCUCGUGCGUGGACGAGCAGCCAAAUUGCUCCAAAAGCUUGUAACCACACAUCCCUUCAAGGCUCUACAUGGUGCUCAGCUCAACAUGGGCGUGUGGAAAGAUAGACUUGCCGGAAUUGAGGUAGAAAUCACAGAUCUGGAGAAAUCUAUGCCUGCCGAAGUGAAUGGAGCUUAUUUGGACCCUCCCAGUGACGACGAGGGCGAACAUGCUGCCCAGAAUGAUGUUUCCGAGAACCUGGAGAAGCUCAAGAAGCUGCAGCUGACCCAAACGUACUAUAAGGACGCCAUCAAAUUCAUGACAGUGAUGAAACGCGCAUUUGACCAGGCAGAGGUGCUGCUCUUCUCCAAGGUCAAGACCGAGGUCAUGGAGAUGAUGGACAUGUUUGUUCUGGCAGACGCAUACAACUUUGAGGGAGCCAGCAGCGGUAUCAGAAAGAUGCUGCACGUGAUUUGGACCAAGGGUAACUCUGAUGAGGGUAAGGAGGUGCAGGCGAGACUGUUGUCUGCCUACUCGAAGCUCUUCUUUGAGGCUCCUCUCUCCAUUCCCGAUGCUGAGGCAUCAAUGUACAUUGCUCGAAACCUGAUUUCGCUGACUUACGGAGCUACUCUCGCUGAGUUGGCUUCUCUGGAACGUCUACUUUGUGUGGCAAUGGAGAAGGGGAUUAUCAAUGCUCUGGUGGUCCGAAAGCUUUGGCAGACGUUUGGAUACACCCAGGGGGCCAUUUCGCGGUCUCAGCGUCGAGGUGCAGUCAUUGUUCUCGGUAUGCUUGCGCAGGCUGACGCUGAAAUUAUCAACGUGGGUCUGGAGACUCUGCUGUCUGUGGGACUCGGCGCCUUUGGCCAGAAGGAUCUCGUGCUUGCCAAGUACGCCUGUGUGGCUCUGCAGCGUCUAGGUGGCGACCCCAAACUCAAGGCGUCUAUGUCGAGCGAUUCUGCCGUCAUUACCGCGCUCAUGAGCAUCGUGGAGCAUUAUACGGAGGAUCUGGAGUGGUUUGACGUGGCCGCUCAGUCUCUGAACGCCAUAUUCAUCCUUGCUGAAUCGCCUGAGGAGGUUACGUCUGAGAUCAUUCGGCGAAAGACCAUCAGUACAUUCUCCGAAGGAUCCUCAGGUCUCAGAGAUAUUAAGCUGAGUCAGCUGCUUGUUGUCGUAGGCCAUGCUGCCAUCAAGCUCAUUGUGUACCUUGAGGCCAAGGAGCUUGAGUUCAAGCGACUCAAGGUGAUGGUUGAAAAGGCCAAGAGUGGAGAGGCUGGUGGUGAUGAUGAUAUGGAGCAGAUUGGUGGCACUUCUGAGGAUGACUUUUCGGAAAUUAUCACGUCCGUGCGAGAGCGGGAGAUUCUGUACGGAGACAACUCUUUGUUGGCACAGUUCGGACCUCUAGUUGUGGAAGUGUGUUCCAACAACUUGAAAUAUUCCUCUGAAACCCUUCAGAUUGCUGCGUCAUCGUGCCUCUCCAAGCUCAUGUGUGUUUCUCCUCUCUUCUGUCAGCAGUCGCUUCCUCUGUUGAUCACCAUCAUGGAGAAGUCCGAGAACCCCAUCAUCCGAAGUAACGCUGUGAUUGCUCUUGGAGACAUGACCAUUUGCUUCAACCACUUGCUGGACGAAAACACCAAUUAUCUCUACGAGCGUCUUCACGACUCUUCUCCCAUGGUGCAGCGAACCACGCUAAUGACUCUGACGUUCCUCAUUCUCGCUGGUCAGGUCAAGGUCAAGGGACAGCUGGGAGAGAUGGCCAAGUGUCUGGAGAACCCUGACAAGCGUAUUUCCGACCUGUCGCGAAUGUUUUUCACUGAGCUGGCCACCAAGGACAAUGCCAUCUACAACGGCUACAUUGAUAUCUUUUCUGUUCUGUCUGCUGAUGAGGAAUUGUCUGAUGACCAGCUUAAGCGGGUUAUUCGGUUUCUUACUUCGUUUGUCGAGAAGGAGAGACAUGUCAAGCAGCUGUCCGAUAAGUUGUUUGCUCGACUCGGACGCUGCGAGACGGAGAAGCAGUGGAAGGACGUAUCGUUUGCCUUGGGUCUGCUGCCUCAUAAAAAUGAGAGUAUUCAGGGUGUCAUUGCCGAGGGUUUCAAGGUGGUGGGUAAGGUCUAA